AUGAAUACCCUCAUCACAAGGAGGCCAUUACUGAGACAGAAGCUCGCCACCGUAACCGCAGCUCUUACAUUCACCAGCGCCAUGCAUAUUCAGUCGAUUCCCAUGUGGGUGGGCAGUAGCAACAACUACGCCUACCUGGUUAAGGAUGACAAGUCCAACGACGCCGUCAUCAUCGACCCGGCCAACCCGCCCGAGGUUGCUCCCGUUUUGAAGAAGGCCAUUGAUGGUAAAGAGAUUAACCUCACCGCCAUCGUCAACACCCACCACCACUGGGACCACGCAGGCGGCAACAAGAAGCUACUCGGUGAGCUCGGUCUAUCCAAGCUGACCAUCUACGGCGGCAAGGACUGCGAGGGUGUGACGAAUACCCCCAAGGACGGCGAGUCGUUCAAGGUUGGCAACAUCGCCGUCAAGGCAUUGUACACGCCUUGCCACACGCAGGACAGCAUUUGCUGGUUCAUGCAGGAUGGUGACCAGAAGGUCGUCUUCACGGGCGAUACGCUCUUUCACAGCGGCUGCGGUAGAUUCUUCGAGGGAAACGCGGAGGAGAUGCACAAGGCGUUGAACAAGACUUUGGCGUCUUUGCCUGACGAGACGGUGGUUUUCCCCGGACAUGAGUACACCAAGUCCAACGUCAAGUUCUCUGUGACGGUUCUUCAAAACGAGGCCAUUCAGAAGCUGCAAAAGUUUGCCGAGAACAACACGGAGACGCAGGGCAAGUUCACCAUUGGUGAUGAGAAGAAACACAACCCCUUUAUGCGUGUUGAUGAUCCCGAAAUUCAAAAGGUCACAGGAGCGCAGGACCCUGUUGCCGUCAUGCACAAGUUGCGCGAGAUGAAGAACAACUUCAAUCCACCACCCGAAUCAAAGCUUUAG